GCUGUGAUGUUUAACAAUGACCUGAUGGCAGACGUUCACUUUGUGGUUGGACCACAAGGAGGGACUCAGCGAUUGCCUGGGCACAAGUAUGUUCUGGCCGUUGGGAGCUCAGUAUUUCACGCCAUGUUUUAUGGGGAAUUGGCAGAAGAUAAGGAUGAAAUUCGAAUUCCUGACAUCGAACCUUGUGCUUUUCUCACUUUGCUGAAGUACAUCUACUGCGAUGAGAUUGAGUUGGCAGCAGACACUGUCCUGGCUACCCUGUACGCAGCGAAGAAGUACAUUGUGCCUCACCUGGCCCGAGCCUGCGUGAACUUCCUGGAGACCAGCCUGAGCGCCAAGAACGCCUGUGUGCUGCUAUCCCAGAGCUGCCUGUUCGAGGAGCCCGAGCUGACCCAGAGGUGCUGGGAGGUCAUUGAUGCCCAGGCCGAGCUGGCCCUGAGGUCCGAGGGCUUCUGCGACAUCGAUUACCAGACCCUGCAGAGCAUCCUGAACCGGGAGACCCUCAACGCCAAGGAGAUCGUCCUGUUCGAGGCCGUGCUGAACUGGGCCGAGGUGGAGUGCCAGAGGCGGGAGCUCUCCACCAGCAUCGAGAACAAACGCAAGGUCCUGGGUAAGGCACUCUACCUGAUCCGCAUCCCCGCUAUGUCCCUGGACGAUUUUGCCAACGGCGCCGCCCAGUCUGGCGUCCUGACGCUCAAUGAGACCAACGACAUCUUCCUCUGGUACACCGCGGCCAAGAAGCCGGACCUGGAGUUCGUCUCCAGGCCCCGGAAGGGCCUGGCCCCUCAGCGCUGCCACCGUUUCCAGUCCUGCGCCUACCGCAGCAACCAGUGGCGUUACCGGGGACGCUGCGACAGCAUCCAGUUCGCGGUGGACAAGCGGGUCUUUGUCGCCGGCUUCGGGCUGUACGGUUCGAGCUGCGGGGCGGCCGAGUACAGCGCCACCCUCGAGCUGAAGAGGCAGGGAGUCCUGCUGUGCCAGAACUUCACCAAAUUCUACUCGGAUGGCUCCAGCCACACCUUCCCGGUGUGGUUCGAGCACCCGGUGCAGAUCGAACCGGACACUUUCUACACGGCCAGCGUGGUCCUGGACGGGAACGAGCUCAGUUACUUUGGACAGGAGGGCAUGACAGAGGUGCAGUGUGGUAAAGUCUCCUUCCAGUUCCAGUGCUCCUCAGACAGCACCAAUGGCACCGGGGUACAAGGAGGGCAGCUACCAGAGCUGAUAUUCUACGCCUGAGCCACUCGGCUGAGCCACCUGUACACCCCACCUUCGCUCCGUGUCACGCAAGGAAACCUCCCCGACCCCACCUCUCCCCCGCUCCAACCUUUCAGCAUCGCUGGGUCCAUCAUCCGUGGUCUCCUCCUUGAGGAGGUGUAGCUGAAUGUCAUAUUCCCCGUGCCCCCCCCCCCAGUUUAUGGGCAGCGGGCAAGGGGUUUAUUUUGCCCUUGCUGUGUAAAAAAAAAGGCCCAGUGACAGGCCCAAUUGAAGGAUCAAGUUCACUACCCCGAAGGGCAGUGGGUCGCGUACUGCCUCACUGUCGAUAGGAGGUGGGGGGGGGGUCGUUAUUGGUGUCACUGGACGAGAUUAUGCCAGAGCAGGGGUGGCCUGGGGGGUAUUUUCUAAUCGACCCGUUCAGGGGUUGCGUUGGGCAUCCGGGUGGAACAGGUAGGCCUUGAAAACCCCGGGGGGGGGGGGGCGCCUCCUGGCUCAGAGGUAGGGACACUACCACGGAGCCACAAGAGCCCCUUGCGGCUUCGGAAUCCUGGAGCACCGGCAGAUGCUGGCCAAUCAGCCGCCUGCACCUCCUGGGUCCUAAAGGCCAUCGCUGGAGGCCUACACUUUGGCCAGAAGGCUGGGGUUUUCUUUUCCCGUCGC